AAAUAAAGAAACAAUUUAUAAACAUUUAAACAAAAAAGACAAUGGUCAAAAGUGUUAACAAUAUGGAAUUCAAAAGUAACUUCUCUAUCGAUGCUAUUUUAUCAAAAAAUUCAUCACAUCAACAACAACAAUUCGAGAUGCCAACAGCUUUGACUGUCAUCAAACAAGAACCCGAUGUCAAAACAUUGUAUGUUUCCGAUGGCGAAUUAUCCGAGGAAUUUGAUAAUCCCAGCCGCACCAGUACACCCAUGAGCAGUGCUGCCGACUCUCUAUCUUCCGGCGAAGAUAAACUGGAAGAUGAUCAGAGUUGUGACAGUGACGAAGACAAGGGAAAAUCCGAAGGAGAGGGUGAUGAUAAGAAACCUACCUACAGCUACAAUGCCUUGAUUAUGAUGGCCAUACAAGACAGUCCCGAACAGCGUUUGACUUUGAAUGGCAUUUAUCAGUACUUGAUAAAUCGCUUCCCCUAUUUCAAGAUGAACAAACGCGGCUGGCAAAAUUCUAUACGCCAUAACUUGAGCUUGAACAAAUGCUUCACCAAGAUUCCACGCAGUUAUGAUGAUCCCGGCAAAGGUAACUACUGGAUCUUGGACCCCAGUGCCGAAGAAGUAUUCAUUGGUGAGACCACCGGUAAAUUGCGCAGAAAGAAUCCCGGUGCCAAUCGUGCUCGUUUGGCUGCCUACAGACAAGCGAUUUUCUCACCCAUGAUGGGACGUUAUGGACCCGCUGCAUCUCCCUAUGCCCAAGCCAUGCCUUUCAAUCCCAGUUAUGCCAAUGCUGCCGCCGCUGCUGCCAUCUAUCAACGCAUGAAUGCUGCUUACGCUCCAGCUGGCUAUCCUAAUGCUGCCAAUCCUCAAAUGCCCAUGUUCAGUCAAAUGAAUAUGCCUGCUGCCAAUCCCAUGUAUCCCGCUGGUUUACCCAUGACUGCUGAACUUUUCCAUCGCAUGCAACUAUUAGGAAAAUUCCCAGCCAGUUAGAUGUUGUAAACCAAAAGCCACGCUCAGCGUUUUUUUGUAUUAACUCUUAAACGUAAAUACGUUUAGAGCAAGAAAAGGACUUUGACUUCCAAUUAAACGGUUAGCAAACGAAGGUGACUUCUACUCUCGCUCCGCACAGAGAACAGCAUCAACCAGUGAGUUUUCAGUUGAGGGAUCCAUAAGUGUAACGUGUAUUGGGGCAAUUCAACACAUCCAAUGCUUGGACAGCAUUUCAACAAUAAGGCAGGCCUUACAAAUCAACUUCAUGACGACAACGAACAUGUCUUAUUAACAAAAACCAACCUAAACAAAAGCAUAUAAAUUAUUCUUAACA